CUAUAGGUAAUUGACAGCACUGCAAAAACGAAACAGGCUUGUCUCUUUUGGAAUUGAAGAAGCUAUAGAGGGACUAUAUGGCUGGUAAACAGAAGAUGGAGAGGAGGCUAGAUCCUUUCAAAUUGUUCCUGUACCUUUCACUAGUAGGAUUCCUCACUUUGAUGUUUGUUGGAUAUACGGUGUUGACAGGGGACACAUAUGAGGAUAAAGACAAUACUUUGCCAGACUUUAAAGAUGCCCAUGAUGAUGACAGUUCAGCAUUACGUGAACAUAUCUCUGACCCUGUCAUUCUGUGGUGGACACCGUUUACAGGAGAUCCCGGGACAUACAGGAAAUGUGGAGAGAACAUGUGCUUCUUCACAGUAGACAGACAUUAUUAUAGACAUAAACAAACUAAGGUGUUGAUGUUUUAUGGCACUGACAUAAAUGUUAAGGACCUGCCACUGCCGAGAGAACCCCACCAUGAAUGGGCACUAAUGCAUGAGGAGUCGCCAAAGAAUGAUUAUAUCCUAACACAGCCGGAGUUUCUUCCACUCUUCAACCAUACCAGCACUUUCAAACGCGAGUCAGAUUUCCCACUCACCUUACAGUAUGUGGAGAGUGUAGCAUGGCUGGAAAGCAACAAGUACCUUGUAUCUACGGAGGACAAGUCGGCACUGCAGAGAGAACUUGCACCAGUCUUCUAUGCACAGAGUGAUUGUAAUGUACCGUCAGAUCGUGACAGUUUUGUUGAAAUGUUUAUGGAGUAUAUGAAGGUAGACUCAUAUGGAUCAUGUGUCCACAACAGAGAUCUGCCUACACAUUUGGUCAAUCCAUUGCCUGGUAUGGAACACGAGGACUUCUUCCGUUUACAGGCCAAGUAUAAGUUCUCAUUUGCUAUGGAGAAUGCGGUGUGUGAUGACUAUAUUACAGAGAAAUUGUGGAGACCCCUGAUGCUUGGAUCUGUGCCUAUAAUACACGGUUCUCCUAAAAUAAAGGAGCUUCUGCCUGACGAACACUCAGCUAUUAUUGUCAGUGAUUUCAAGUCGCCAGAGGAACUGGCAGAAUAUAUACAACACCUCAACAAUAACGACGAGGAAUAUAAUAAAUAUUUACAGUGGAAAAAGACGGGUAUCACGAAUAAAAGCUUUCUUCAGAUGAUGAAAGACAGAUCAUGGAGUAUUGUAGAAACAUGGAAGGAAGGUCGUUCCAACUUUGUAGAAGAUUUUGAAUGUUUUGUGUGUGACCGAGUUCAUAAAAAUUUGAAAAGAAGACAAGAUGGUGAAGAAGAAUUAAAAUUUAUCGCUGAUCAUUCACACUUACAAUGUCCGGUUCCAGUGAAGUUUGCAGAAAAUGUCGGCCAGUUUAACUGGGAGUUUGAAUACCAGCAAAAGUCAGAGAUGGCUCAAGCUGUACGCUACUUUGCUGAUAAAAAUAUCAAGAUAACGAAAGGUGAUUUCCACUCAAAACUUUCAGAACUUGCACAUAAUAGAAGAGAUGGAUGGUUUUAGCAUUAGAUAUUAAACUGUAAGUCAGCAUUUUUACAUAUCAAGACAAUUCUUCGAUUAUAUACAUCAUUUCAUGAUCAUAUUUAACAUUCUUUCUGUUUAUCUUUUACAUAUUAUAUGCACACAACGAAAGUGUUAAAUUUUGCAAAAGAUCUGAUUUUUUUAGCUCACCUAAAGUAAGGGUUUAGAUGAGGAAUUGUGGUCUGUCUUUGUCCAUCGUCUAUCAUGUAUUAUCAGUUUAUCACAUGUGUAUCAACAGUUGCAAUACGCAGCCAGUCCUCGUAAACUUUUCAGUCAUGGUUCUCCGCUGACCCAUUUUCAAAUUGUCCAGUGUGUUUCUUUGUCAUUUAUGAAUGGAUUUUGAAAAAAAAUUGCACCAAUGAUCAGCCUGACAUGUUGAUGUGUCGCAUGCAAUAACCUUUAAUCAAUCUAUCUUACUUUUUCAAUUAUAUCCCUUUAUUGACUGUCUAUCCCGAUUUACAGUCCAGUCUGUAACGUUGUCAUUCAUGGAUAGAUGUAAAAAGAACUUUGCACUAAUGAUCAGCAUGACAUGAUGAUGAGUCAUGUGCAAGAACCAUUACUAAGUCCUUCAUUUUUGAGUUAUCACCCUUUAUUAGCUCCACUAUUCGGAGAAUAGGGGGGCUAUUCUACUCGCCCUGGUGUCGGCGUGAGCUUUCUUGGUUAAAGUUUUUCGGCAACCUUUGUUUUUCUGUCAUAUCUUUGUAACUAUUGCUUAUAUCUUACUGUAACUUCACAUAAACAUUGUCCAGCAUACAAAGUAUGUGCAGGGGCUGGGCCCAUUAUACAUAAGGUCAAGGUCAUCAAGGUGUUAUACUUAGGUUAUUUUUAAGGUUAGUUUUUCUGCAACCUUUGUUUUUCUGUCAUAUCUUUGUAACUAUUGCUUAUAUCUUACUCUAAGUUCCCAUAAACAUUGUCCAGCAUACAAGCAAAGUAUGUGCAGGGGCUGGGCCCAUUAUACUUAAGGUCAAGGUCACCAAGGUGUUAUACUUAAGUUUUUUUUAAGGUUAAAGUUUUUCUGCAACCUUUGUUUUUCUGUCAUAUCUUUGUAACUGUUGCUUAUAUCUUACUGUAAGUUCACAUAAACAUUGUCCAGUAUAAAGACAAAGUAUGUGCAGGGGCAGGAACCAUUAUACCCAAGGUCAAGGUCACAAAGUUGUUAUACUUGGAAUUAUUUUCAUGUUAAAUUUUUUUCGAAAGCUUCUUUUAUAGACAUAUCUUUGGUACUUUAAAAGAUAAUGACUUGAAAUUAAAAAUAUUUCUUUAUAAUGUGUGUUACAGUCCCCUUAACUCUAAUUGUAUUUUUGACAGAAUUAUGCCUCUUUCAUACUUAAAGUUUUUUGGCAAUCUUCGCUUUCAGGAUAUAACUUUAGUACAAUAUAAGAUAGACUUGAAACUUAAAAUGUAUCUUUAUCGUCAUCAUCUGCAUGUGCUGUAACAAUCCUCAUAACUCUGAUUUGUAUUUUUGACAAAAUUGUGCCCCUUUCAUACUUAAUUUCUUUUGACAAACUUCGUUUUCUGGACAUAACUUUGGUGCUAUAUAAGAUAAUGACUUGAAACUCAAAAUAUAUCAUUACCAUCAUCAUCUGCAUGUGUGGUAACAAUCCCAAUAACUUUAAUUUGUGUUCUUGACAGAACUAUGCCCCUUGGUGUAUCUUCCCUUUAAAGUAGAGGUCUCUCAUUGAGACAUAUAUUCAUUUUACUGUCAAUCGCAGGAAUAGUGGAGCGUGCUGUCUUACGGACAACUCUUGUUGAAUUUUCUUGUCCAGGGCAUAAAUCUGAAACUGCAGAAGGGAAUGAAUGUAAAUUGCACACAAUGAUAGAGGACAUUUAGAGAAUGUGCAGUGUUCAUGGAUUGUAACCUGCCCAUAUCUUACUUCAUUAAUUAUCCCCCUUUAUAGUGUCCAUCCCGAUUUCAUUUCUGUCUGUAAGUUAUUCCUGGGUGGAUUUGACCAAACAUUUAUCCAGAUAUUACAUAUCAGUUUCCACUUCCAUUCAGAUCUUUACCUGAUAAAUUGAGUUUAAUAAUAUUUCACCAGGUUAUAAUUUUUCAGAAGAAUGAAAGGCUAAAUUUUUAUGCCCCCGGCAUCUACUGAUGUCCUGUCCAUCCGUUCGUUCGUUCGUCCGGACGUACGAGGUUAAACAAAUGGGACUGUUUUGUCUAGCAUCAAUACCCCUUACUAGAAUGACGUGAUACUAAUGCAGAUGUAACCUGUGACCAUUCCUCAUCUUCAGACAUCACCUGACCUCAGUUUGACCUUGACCUUGACCUCAUUUUGGACUUAAGUUGCUUUAUAUGGGCCAUCUCUUGGUUAACCAAAUGGGACCAUUUCAUCUAGCAUCAGUACCCCUUACUAGAAUGAAUUGAAACUAAUGCAGAUGUAACCUGUGACCAUUCCUCAUCUUCAAACAUCACCUGAUCUCACUUUGACCUUGAACUUGACGUCGUUUUGGACUUAGGUUGCUUUGUAUCGACAAGGAUGCCACUGGGGGCAUCAAGCGUUUAUUGAACGCAGCUUCUUGUUUUCUCCAAAAGCAGGACUGGUAGUAAAAUACAACAGGGUUAUUAUACUUUAUCUGUGAUGCUGUAUUCCGUUUAAAUUGACUUUGCCAGGCGGGAUCACAUGAGGCUUGCAAGCCUGGCAUAAUUUUUUUUAACCUUUAUCAUGCUGGACAUGAUUGAUUAUGCCUUUGCGACCAGUGCAGAUCCAGAUCAGCCUGCACAUCCAUGCAAUCUGAUCAUAAUCUGCACUGUUUGCCAUUCAGUUAGUAUUUUUAUGAUAAGCACCCCUUAUAACAGUUAAGAGUAUCGCCCAAAUUGAAAGAUGGACAAGUUCAUUAUAGAAAUUUUAAAUUUAGUAUGGUAAGUGUUAAGAAUAUCAAAUUUUCAAGAUACUCAGGUGAGUGAUACAGGAGAACAAUCACAUAAAUUUUCCAUUAAUAUAGGUGCAGUAUAACUUCAAAAUAUCAAAAUGUCCUUUUAUAGACUGCUUUUUAAAAAACCCAAGACUGUUUGCUUUCAGAUAUACAUAAUAUUCUAGGAAUUUUGUUUUUAUAUUCAUAAAUAGACUUACAAUUAUUCAGCAAGAAAAGUAAGUGAGAUAUCAGUCUUUGAUGAAUUAUUUUUCAAUUGCUCAAUGAUUUUAACAUUGCUGUUUGUAAUUAAGCAGGAACGAAUGUUAAAAUCUGUUUAUAGCUGUUAAUUUAUGUUAGUUUAUGGUAUAUUGUAUACCUUUGCAGUUCUGAACUUGCUUAAAAUGUGUUAACUGUGAUGAGUUAGUGUAAAAUUGACCAGCGAAUGGUUUAAACUUUGUAUGUGAGUUAGUGUUAUUGCCACAAUGAGUAAUGGGCAGAGUAUUUUUUGAUUUAGAGUUUCUUUUUUAUAACAUAUGGCCAAGUGAUUUAUAUAGUGACUGCUAUGUUUGAGUCAUGCACUUUGCUUUCCUGUUAGGACUUAAUAAAAUCUGCAAGAAGAUCCCUUGGAAGCAUAGAAUGCAACCAAGCAAAAUGAUAGCAGACUCAGUUUGAUUGCGUCUGUUCAUUAGAGGUAAUGGUAAGUACAACACCACUCAUGCCCCCUAGCACCGGCUUAAGCGGAACUCUGUUACAAGUGUAUUGAAUGUACUCCAUGAUCUCAAAGGACCGGAAAAUUUGACAACACUGAAUGCAAGUACAGGGAGACUUUUUACAGAAACAACACCCUUACUUGAAAUAUUGUCUGUACAGGCACCCAAAGUCUUCUUCAGCCAUUUGAAAUAAGCUGGAAAAAAAUCUUUCUGCAAACUGCAAAAAUUUUCAAGUAAAAAAGCACUUAUGGCAAAGAAAUAAUUUAACAAGUAGAUGGCCAACAUUUUACAGACAUCAGUAAUGUUAUAAUAAUAUGAAAUAAAAAUAAAGGUCAGCCAGACUCUACCUAAUUGAAACUUAAAAUAAAAUAUUGGCAAAACCUGCUUUCAGUAUCAUUUCCAGUGGACAGUUAUAUUUUAUUGUGUAUACUAUUUAAUUCACAUAUAUGUAUUGGAGUGCUAAAAUGCCAUCAUAGUCACAAAGAUGAUUUUAAUAUUAAAAGAUGGACUUACAUGCUGUGUACACAGACAGAUAUAUAUUUUGAAAGAGCGUGAGAGUGAAUUGGUUUAGACAGUUUUUUGGAUUAGAGGUGUUCAUAUUACCGAGGUUCCACUGUAUUAUAAAUUGUGCAUUAUAUUUUCACUAUUCCUUGAGUUAAUAUCAAGAAUGUUUUAAAAAGAUAAAAUAUUAGAUGAAAAAAAUAAGUGAAUAUAUUACCUGAUUAAAAACAGUGAAUGUGUAGUAAUUUAUGCAGUAUGUUAAAUUUUAGUGAUCAUUCAUUUUGCAAUAUCAUAACAUAUGUUUUGUAAGUGACAGUAGAUGAAUAAUCAUGUGUUCCUAAACAAAUGUUUUAAGGUAGCUCUGCAUAUUUGGAUCAUUUUUUUUUUUUUUGCACAUUAGAAUUUGAUUAAACCUUAAUUUCUAAAAGCUUAAGAAUGUAUUUCAAAAAGAGGAGUUUUUAUGCUUGAUUUUUUGCUCACCUGUCACAUAGUGACAAGGUGAGCUUUUGUGGUCACCCUUCGUCCGUCGUCAGUCCGUCCGUCCGUCAACAAUUUCUUGUCUGCACGAUAGUGGUUUCAUUUAUGAUUUUAUUUUAACCAAACUUGCACACAACUUGUAUCACCAUAUGGUCUUGGUUCCUUUCUUGAACUGGCCAGAUCCCAUUAUGGGUCCCAGAGUUAUGGCCCCUGAAAGGGCCAAAAUUAGCUAUUUUGACAUUGACUGCACAAUAGCAGCUUCAUUUAUGAUUUUAUUUUAACCAAACUUGCACACAACAUGUAUCACCAUAAGAUCUCAAUUCCUUUCUUGAACCGGCCAGAUCCCAUAAUGGGUUCCAGAGUUAUGGCUCCUAAAAGGGCCAAAAUUAGCUAUUUUGACCUUGUCUGCACAAUAGCAGCUUCAUUUAUGAUUUGAUUUUAACCAAUCUUGCAUACAACUUGUAUCACCAUAAGAUCUUGGUUCCUUUCUUAAACUGGCCAGAUUCCUAUGGGUUCCAGAGUUAUGGCCUCUGAUAGGGCCAAAAUUAGCUAUUUUGACCUUGUCUACACAAUAGCAGCUUCAUUUAUGAUUUGAUUUUAACCAAACUAGCACACAACUUGUAUCACCACAAGAUCUUGGUUCCUUUCUUGAACUGGCCAGAUUCCAUUAUGGGUUCCAGAGUUAUGGCCCCUGAUAGGGCCAGAAUUAGCUAUUAAAUUUGACCUUGUCUGCACAAUAGCAGCUUCAUUUAUGAUUUGAUUUUAACCAAACUUGCACACAACUUGUAUCACCACAAGAUCUUGGUUCCUGUCUUGAACUGGCCAGAUUCCUUUAUGGGUUCCAGAGUUAUGGCCCCUGAUAGGGCCAGAAUUAGCUAUCAAAUUUGACCUUGUCUGCUCAAUAGCAGCUUCAUUUAUGAUUUGAAUUUAAUCAAACUUGCACAAAACUUGUGUCACCAUAAGAUCUUGGUUCCUUUCCUGAAAUGGCCAGAGCCCAUAAUGGGUCCCAGAGUUAUGGCCCCUGAAAGGGCCAAAAUUAGCUAUUUUGACCUUGUCUGCACAAUAGCAGCUUCAUUUAUGAUUUGAUUUUAACCAAGCUUGCACACAACUUGUAUCACCAUAAGAUCUCGAUUCCUUAUCGCCUCGUGUCCGUCUGUCUGUUGGUUAGCAAAUCCCUUCUGCUCUAUAACUCUUGAACCCCUUGAAGGAUUACAAAGAAACCUGACACAAAUGUUCACCUCAUCGAAACGACGUGCAGAGCGGAUGUUUGGGAUGGCUCACUUCAAGGUCAAAGUCACAUUUAUUGGUCAAAGGUCAUAUGACUUUGUUUUGUGGGUAUAUUGCUCUGCAUUUGCGUUGCAUUGCAUUGCUUUUGUUUUUAUUUGGCAGAUCCUUCUUUUGCUCACUUACAAUAAAAGAAUUUAAUUACUUCCCUUUUAUGUUACUAUAAAUAGCUUAUUUAGUACCUUCUUGUCCUUAAGUGCAAUGAAAACAGGUGAGUGAUAUAGGGCCAUUAUGGCCCUCUUGUUUGCAAAACUGAUUUGAAAAUUUUGGACCUCAAGUUUUCAUUAUAGGAAUCUAUGGAAAAACCACAAUUCUGACAAAAUUUUCCAAAAUGAUUUUUUUUAAAUAUAGUUGUAAAUCAAUAUAGUGUCUGUGGUUAAAUAAGAUGUAUAGGUUCUUUUGCUUAUUUUGUAGAGAAUUGCCCAUGAUAAACUAGAACAGUGAAUUUCAAGCAGGUUCAAAGGCAUUAUUUGGAAUAAUAUCACAUUUCAACAGGUUUUUUUUUAAUAUUUUUAGAAAGAAAGUAAUAUUGAUAUUUUUUGGCUUUUAAAAAAUAUGUACACUUUUGAUGACAUAAUAAUAUGCUGGAUAAUUAUUGUCCUAUUCAUAUGCUGGGUCCAGGCUUUGUUCUAUGUUGUCUGGAAAAAUGGUGUUAUGACAUAACUUUUGGUAUAUCAGACGUGCAGAACUACCUUAAGAAUCAAACUAUUUUUAUUAUUUUCUUUAUUUUGAGUUAAAACUUUUAGUAUUUCCUUAUUUAGUUGUUGUGACUUUGUAUGGAAACAAUAUUACCACUUUGAAAAACCACCAGUUAAUAUAUACCUGUGACUCACUGAGUCUGACUAAAGUUGCCCCUAUUCAGCAAUAACUAGCAUUCAAUUUUACAUUCAUCCAGUUAUGAAAGGCUCAAGGUAAGCUACGAAACACUAUUAAAGGCAGCUGAAGCAGUUAGGGGUGGGGUUGGAAACAUGACCCUUUUGAGAAAAUCGGUAUUUUCCUACAUGUAUAACUUUUCUGUAUUUUGAAGCUCUGCCUUCCAUGCAUCUACCUCGCUCACCUUGAGAACAUCCUGAAGCACAACUGUGUAUAUGAGUGAUGUUUUCAGUUGAUUCUUGUUUUGAGGUUGACUGUUACUGCAUAAUAUUCAAAUAUUAGGGGAACAAAAUUUUACUUUUUUUUUAUUUAUUUAUCUGCUAAAAACUGUGAUUAUUUAAGAAUAUAUUCCAUACUUUACUUUUAUUGUUUGUAGUUAAUAUAAUUAUCUAAAUAAUCAAGGGUUUUUAUAGUUUUUUUUUCUCUGGUUUGGGACAGUUAAGAGUUAUUACCAGACUUUUACCAGAGUUUAAUUGUAAAUCAAACAAUUAGCCAUGGAGAGAGCUUGAUUUUUAUACACCCGUCUCUGAAAGAGCGGGGCGUAUUAUGUGAACACCCAUGGUGGGCGGGCGGUCGGCGUCCAAAAGCAUGUCUGCUCUUUAAGUCAAACAGUUUUCAUCCGAUCUUCACCAAACUAAUUGUGACAGUGUUUGUGGGCAUAAUAUCUCGGCCGAGUUCGAUAACCAGCAAAAUCGCCCCAGGCACUCUUGAGUUACGGCCCUUGAAAUACUCAUAAUCUGCUAAUUUAGCCUUGUCUGCCAUCUAAGUCAAACAGUUUUCAUCCGAUCUUCACCAAACUUGGUGACAAUGUUUGUGGGCAUAAUAUCUCAGCCAAGUUCGAUAACUAGCAAAAUUGCCCUAGGCACUCUUGGAUUAUGGCCCUUGAAUUACUCGAAAAACUGUGAAAUUUAGCCUUGUCCACUCUCAACGUCAAACAGUUUUCAUCCGAUCUUCCACAAACUUGCAGAUAAUGUUUAUGGGCAUAAUGUCUCAGCCAAGUUCGAUAACCAGCCAAAUGGCCUCAGGCACUCUUGAAUUAUGGUCCUUGAAUUACUCGAAAUCUGCAAAUUUAGCCUUGUCCGCUCUCUAAGUCAAACAAUUUUCAUCCGAUCUUCACCAAACUUGCUAAUAAUGUAGUGGGCAUAAUAUCUUGGCCAAGUUCAAUAACUAGCCAAAUCGCCACAGGCACUCUUGGAUUAUGACCCUUGAUUUAGGCCAGAUUCGAGACGGGCUUAUUUUGUGACAGUCUGCCACUCUUGUUUUCAUUCUAACAUGCUCAUAGAAAUAUUAGAAUAGAAAAGUUGCUAAUAUACAUUUAUUUUAUUGCAGUGCCAUAAUUUUUUCUUAAUGGUCGACUCUUGAAAUUGUUUAUUGCAGAAUGUUCUGUGCUUUAUCAAGUCAUAUUCACUUUUUUAUAUUGUAAGCCUUAUGUUUUUGUUAUUUAUGGUCAUUGUUUGUCAGUAUAUUAUAUUCACAGUCUUUCCCAGGGAGAAUCUUUAUAUAGAUCAUGUUACAUUUUGUCAUGAACUAUUUUGGAGGAGCUUCUCGGAGGUCAUGCAUGCUUGUUUAAAUAUGUCACAUUGUCAUGUGUGACACACUUUGGGCAGACACAGUGGUACACUGGUAACACUGUCUGACUUCUAUAACAAAGGGUCACAAGUUCAAGUUCAGGCUUAUCCAACUAAAAUUACUAAUGUUGGGAAAAGAGUCCUGUGUAUUAGAAGUUCACACCUGGCACAUUGAAGAACCAGGGAAGCUGCUUCUGGCAUUGUUGCUUCUUCAGAAUCUUCCACUGUCCUCCAAAUAAAAUUACUAGUCUUCUGAAGGAGUCAUCCAUAUGUGUUACCGUAGGUGACUGUAGAUAAUCUUGAAUGCAAACAAAACAUGACACUGACACACGUGUUUUAAUGGAUGUUGCCUGUAGAACACAUACAUGUAUAUGUAAAAGAACUUUCUUUUUUCCAACAGUUUCUGUUAGUGGAUGACUUUGUACCUUUGAAGAUUUAUAACGUCAGAAGUAUUUUACCCUGGGUUAAUGGUUUUGCUUGAAACAAGAAAGACAACAAAUUAAACUGUAAUGAAAGGACAUGAAUGGAAGUCCGCUGCUUAUGGUUUAUUUAUACUGAUACUGACUACGGUCAAAACUGAUAGAGAUUCAAAGCUGAGACACUUAUGUUGUAAUAUGAAUGAUGAUUUUUGUAAACUUUUCCGGUUUUUAGCUCACCUGUCACAAAGUGACAAGGUGAGCUUUUGUGAUCGCGCGGUGUCUGUCGUCCGGCGUCCGUGCGUGCGUCCGUAAACUUUUCCUUGUGACAUCUCUAGAGGUCACAUUUUUCAUGGGAUCUUUAUGAAAUGGGUCAGAAUGUUCAUCUUAGUAAAUUCUAGGUCAAGUUCGAAACUGGGUCACGUGCCUUCAAAAAGUAGGUCAGUAGGUCUAAAAAUAGAAAACCCUUGUGACCACUCUAGAGGCCAUAAUUUUCAAUGGAUCUUCAUGAAAAUUGGUCAGAAUGUUCAGCUUGAUGAUUUCUAGGUCAAGUUCGAAACUGGGUCACGUGCGGCCAAUAACUAGGUCAGUAGGUCUAAAAAUAGAAAAACGUUGUGACCACUCUAGAGGCCAUAAUUUUCAAUGGAUCUUCAUGAAAGUUGGUCAGAACGUUCACCUUGAUGAUAUCUAGGUCAAGUUUGAAACUGGGUCACGUGCCGUCAAAAACUAGGUCAGUAGGUCAAAUAAUAGAAAAACCUUGUGACCUCUUUAAAGGCCAUAUUUUUCAUGGGAUCUGUAUGAAAGUUGGUCUGAAUGUUCAUCUUGAUGAUAUCUAGGUCAAGUUCGAAACUGGGUCACGUGCCGUCAAAAACUAGGUCAGUAGGUCUACAAAUAGGAAAACCUUGUGACCUCUCUAGAGGCCAUAUUUUUCAUGGGAUCUGUAUGAAAGUUGGUCUGAAUGUUCAUCUUGAUGAUAUCUAGGUCAAAUUCAAAACUGGGUCACAUGCGGUCAAAAACUAGGUCAGUAGGUCUAAAAAUAGAAAAACCUUGUGACCUCUCUAGAGGCCAUAUUUUUCAUGGGAUCUGUAUGAAAGUUGGUCUGAAUGUUCAUCUUGAUGAUAUCUAGGUCAAGUUCGAAAGUGGGUCAUGUGCCCUCAAAAACUAGGUCAGUAGGUCAAAUAAUAGAAAAACCUUGUGACCUCUCUAAAGCCAUAUUUUUCAUGGGAUCUGUAUGAAAGUUGGUCUGAAUGUUCAUCUUGAUGAUAUCUAGGUCAAAUUCAAAACUGGGUCACGUGCGGUCAAAAACUAGGUCAGUAGGUCUAAAAAUAGAAAAACCUUGUGACCUCUCUAGAGGCCAUAUUUUUCAUGGGAUCUGUAUGAAAGUUGGUCUGAAUAUUCAUCUUGAUGAUACCUAGGUCAAGUUCGAAACAGGGUCAUGUGUGGUCAAAAACUAGGUCAGUAGGUCUAAAAAUAGAAAAACCUUGUGACCUCUCUAGAGGCCAUACUUAUAUAUGGAUCUCCAUAAAAAUUGGUCAGAAUGUUCACCUUGAUGAUAUCUAGGUCAAGUUUGAAACUGGGUCACGUGCCAUAAAAAACUAGGCCAAUAGGUCAAAUAAUAAAAAAACCUUGUGACCUCUCUAGAGGCCAUACUUUUCAUGGGAUCUGUAUAAAAGUUGGUCUGAAUGUUCAUCUUGAUGAUAUCUAGGUCAAGUCUGAAACUGGGUCAACUGCGGUCAAAAACUAGGUCAGUAGGUCUAAAAUUAUUUAAAUCUUUUGACCUCUCUAGAGGCCAUUUUUUCAAUGGAUCUUCAUGAAAAUUAAUCUGAAUGUUCACCUUGAUGAUAUUUAGGUCAGUUUCGAAACUGGGUCACGUGCGGUCAAAAACUAGGCCAGUAGGUAUAAAAAUAGAAAAACCUUGUGACCUCUCUAGAGGCCAUAUUUUUCAUGAGAUCUUCAUGAAAAUUAGUGAGAAUGUUCACCUUGAUGAUAUCUAGGUUAAGUUCAAAUCAGGGUCACGUACCUUUGAAAACUAGGUCAAUAGGUCAAAUAAUAGAAAAACCUUGUGACCUCUCUAGAGACCAUAUUUUUCAAUGAAUCUUCAUGAAAAUUGGUCAGAAUUUUUAUCUUGAUAAUAUCUAGGUCAAGUUCAAAACUUGGUCACAUGAGCUCAAAAACUAGGUCACUAUGUCAAAUAAUAGAAAAAAUGACGUCAUACUCAAAACUGGGUCGUGUGGGAAGAGGUGAGCGAUUCAGGACCAUCAUGGUCCUCUUGUUGUAUGAAAUACAUUGCAUGCCUCAGCGAACACUUUAAGCAUGCCCUAUGUGUUUCAAGGGUCAUUCCUUAAUCAUGUUUUAUACAUAUUAAAACUAAAAUCGUAUAGCAGUAUGUUAGAAACACAGUAAUGAGAAUCAGUACUGAUUGUUUAGCAGUUUGAUUUUACAUCAAAAACUAUUUGUAAACUAGCAUGAAGUCACAUUACACAUUAUACAGUCUGUUAUACCACAAGUGGUAAAUUAGGUUUUGAGGUUAUAAAACCGAAGUUGGAGACUUAUGUCAGAAUGAAGCCUUACCAUUGGCUGAUUUCAAAAUUUUUCUCAGAAACAACCAAUCAGAUGUUGCAGAUUUGAGACUAGUCCCGAAGUCAGUUUUAUAGCAUCCAACUAGUGCUACCCAUUGUAGAAUUAUUGUAUCUUAGUUUUAAUGUCAUAUCAAGACUGUUAACCUGUAUGAUGCCACAUUGCCUGUCUAGCCUUGUCAUGUUACAUGAAAUUGGCUUUAUAACCCUGCCAUGUCACAUAAAAUUACCUGUAUAUAGCCCUUUGAUGUCACAUGAAAUAAACUGUAGUUUUGAUGUAUAGUCCCAUGAUGUUACUUGAAAUUGGCUGUAUACUCGCAUGAUCUCACAUGAAAAUGGUUGUAUAGCCCUGUGAUGUCACGUGAAUUUGACUAGUCUGUGGUGUCGCAUAAAAUUGGUAAUAUAGCCCUGUGAUGUAUAGUACCAUGCUGUCACUUGAAAUUGGCUGUAUACCUGCACAAUCUCACAUCAGAUUGACAGUAUAGUUCCAUGUCACAUGAAAUUUGCAGUAUACCUGCACAAUCUAACGUGAAACUGGUAUAGUUCCAUGAUGUCACAUGAAAUUUACUAUGCAGCCUGUGGUGUCACAUGAAAUUUGCAGUAUAGCCAUGUGAUGUCACAUGAAAGUGUCAGUAUAGUCCAUGAUGUCCAAUGAAAUUGACUGUAUAGUCCUGUGAUGUCACAUGCAAUUGACUGUUUAGUCCUGUGAUGUCACAUGCAAUUGACUGUAUAGUCCUGUGAUAUCACAUGAAAUUACCUGUUCAGCAUUGUAAUGUGAAAUAGUAGGCUGAUUGAAAAUGAGGAUAAUUCCAAAUUUGUAUAAUAUCAGUAAGAUAGUAGAAUUAUACAUGUACUACAAUACUAGUGUUACAUUAGAAAUGAUUGUAUUACCAUUAUAAUUUACAAUGUAAAAAGUAGUAAUUGUCUAUAUAUGAUGUCAUAUCAUUGACUAAUCUUAAACAAAAUUUAAUACAAAAUGUAUGAUUUCUUUAAAAUUGUUAUUUUUAUCAGCAUGAUAACAUUAUGAGAAAAUGAUAGUUAUGUUACUCUGCUAUACACAGCAAGUACACUUUGGUAUAACAGUAUAUUCGAGCCGUGCCAUGAGAAAACCGACAUAGUGGCUUUGCGACCAGCAUGGAUCCAGACCAGCCUGCGCAUCCACGCAGUCUGGUCAGGAUCCAUGCUGUUCACUUUCAGAGCCUAUUGGAAUUAGAGAAACUGUUAGCGAACAGCAUGGAUCCUAACUGUUAGCGAACAGCAUGGAUCCUGACCAGACUGCGCGGAUGCGCAAGCUGGUCUGGAUCCAUGCUGGUCGCAAACGUUUUAUGUUGGUUUUCUCAUGGCAUGGCUCAUUUAUUGUGCUAUAUAUACAACAGAAACAAUUUGUUUUGUGUUUUUUCCUUGUUGUAUUGCACAAAGAUUUAUUUUACACAAGUAUGAUUCCAUGCCAUGGAUUAAGGAGUAUCAGUUCAACAGAUUUAUCUGUCAGUUAUUUCUGUUUAUUUGUAAUAGUUUUAGGCUUUGUACGGUUUGAACCCCAAAAGGGUUUGAAUUGUCACCUACAUUUCAUAGUCAGACACUCAUCUGCUGUUCUGAUCUGCAAUGAGAUUGCAUGUUUAAAUGUUUCAUGUAUAUUAUUUUAAUUACUUAAUCAAAUUUAUUGGGGUAAAAGUAGGUUUUUAUGCUUUUUUAUUGUAUGAAAAAAUGUUUCUAUGGUUAUAUUUUGGAUCUAUUGGUGAAGGUUUUGAUAUUAUUUGAAUUUUUGUCAAAAGUUUCUUGUUUAAUUCUAUUUUUAUUACACAAAAAUAGCCUUGAUCAAUAUGUAUUUUACAUAUUUUGCUGUAUUUCAAUUUAAAAAAAAAAAAAAUUGCUAGAUCUAUUAUUAUGUUUUAGUUUUUUAAAUGUUUUGCUGUGUGAAAAAAGUAAGAACAAAAAAAAAACAUUUUCUAUAAGUUAUUAUAAGUCUAUAAGUGAUUUUGAUUCAUGAAACAAAAUUCUAACACGGAAAAGGGAAGAAGUUUAUUUCUACUUCUAUUUGUUGUUGUUGUUGUUUACACUGCUCAUGAAAAAUGAAGAAUGUGGGGCAAAAUAGCCCCUGGACAAAAAACCCCUUUUCAGUUUGACCAAGGUGGAUAAAAAUUCAGUGAUAGUAUCUUUUUCUUGCAUGUCAUAUUUCUUAUUGUUCAGCAGGUAAUAAUAAAAAGUAAAAUUGAACUUACUAUAAAUGACUUUGUUUAUAGCACUAUUUUCUUACAAAGAAACAAAACAUAGAAAAUUAACAUUUUUAAGCAUGAAAGAUAUCAAGAUGUUUCCAGUUUUGUUUUAUCAUCUAAAGCUUAAUUUCCUAAAUUAAUCUUGUUUUAAUUAAAAAAAUAUACGAUAAGAACAAAGAGUAACUAGUAGGGCAUUCAUUUUUUAGCUCAUCUGAUUUUUUGAAAAAAAAUGAUGAGUUAUUGUCAUUACUUGAUCGGUGUCGGCGUCGGCGUUGCCUGGUUAAGUUUUAUGUUUAGGUCAGCUUUUCUCCUAAACUAUCAAAGCUAUUGCUUUGAAACUUGCAACACUUGUUCACCAUCAUAAGCUGACCCUGUACAUCAAGAAACAUAACUCCAUCCUGCUUUUUGUGAGAAUUAUGGCCCCUUUUGUACUUAGAAAAUAUCAGAUUUCUUGGUUAAGUUUUAUGUUUAGGCCAACUUUUCUCCUAAACUAUCAAAGCUAUUGCUUUGAAACUUGCAACACUUGUUCACCAUCAUAAGCUGACCCUGUACAUCAAGAAACAUAACUCCAUCCUGCUUUUAGCAAGAUUUAUUACCCCAUUUGGACUUAGAAAAUCAGUUUUCUUGGUUAAGUAAUAUGUUUAAGUCAGCUUUUCUCAUAAACUAUCAAAGCUAUUGCUUUAAAACUUGCAACACUUGUUCACCAUCAUAAGCUGACCAUGUAAGGCAAGAAACAUAACUCUGUCCUGCUUUUUGCAAGAAUUAUGGCCCUUUUUGGACUUAGAAAAUCAUGGGUAGGGCAAUUUUUCUAUACAAAAAAAAAUCAGAUGAGCGUCAGCACCCGCAAGGCGGUGCUCUUGUUUUACCUGUUCUGACAUAAAAGAUAAAAGUUAUUACACAUAUUUAUUACAUUGAUGAUAAUACAAAUUAUUAUGUGUCAUUUACUGCCUGAAAGUCAUCUUAAACCCUGAUCAUGAGGUGUAAAAUGGAGUUUUCCAGCACCAGCGAAAACACCAGAAUCCCCUAUCCACAUGUAUGCAAGAGAAUUGUAUCUACUUUCAAGUUGGCCAUAUUUUCUUCAGAUGGAAUUUUGUCCAGGAGUGAUUUUAUCCAUAUUCAAAAAAUAAUACUUUGAUAUGUUUGUUAUUGUAGUAUUGGUGUUGAAACACUAAAUUGUUAUGUCUUUUUGUGUAUUGUUUAGGUGAAUGUUGUUGCUGCAUUGAACAAUAAACAUGAUAGAUCUGUU